CAGAGAAAGAAAGAAACAGUCACGUGUAAAUUUCAAUGUGUGAAUCAAAACAAACAAAAAAGUCAAAUGCACUAGAACACUGCAACCUCUUCGACAGUGAAACAUCAUAAUGACUUCUAAUCACCGUAAUCUUGUAUUCUCAGACACCAAAUCCCAUCUCUCACCUAACUCUAACUCCUCCAAACCAAGAUCUCUUUUCUAACAGUAAUAGAUUCUCCAAAACUCAGCCAUGGGGCUCCUCACCUUCACCGCUGCCGGUGGUGGAUUCAUUCUGAUCGGUAUAUGGGAGUCUCUUUCCUCUUUAGACCCGUCUGAAACUCAGCUUUCCGACCCGUCAAAAUCUCGACUUUCUGACACAAACAAAGAAAGGAGAGACCUUUACUCAUCUUCUUUGAGUUUCGUCAUUGUUUGCUUUUUUUCAUUUCUGUUUGUGUUGAACUCUUUGGUUUCUGUGUUUAAUGCUGUGAAUUUUAGGGACAGAGUUGGUUCAGCCCUUCAGUUACAAGUUCUUGCUAUUGCUUCUUUGUUUUUCCUUUAUUCGGUUCUUGGUUUGUUGAGGAAUUUUAGAAGUUCAUUCUCUUUGCCUUCUUCAGUUCUUGAUUUGGUUCUUCUCUUUGCUUUUGUGGAGGAGUUUUUUUUGUAUUAUUUGCAAAGGAAGGACACUAGUGGGAUUGAGAAUCGAUAUUUUGAUCUCUUGCUUGUACCGAUUUUAGUGUGUGUGAUUUCAACUGUUCUUGAAUUGAGAUUAACAAGUUCAAGAUCGAAUUUUGCAAGAUUGGGUCGAGGGGUUGGGUUGGUUUUGCAAGGAAUGUGGUUUCUGCAAAUGGGGUUGUCUUUUUACACUAAUUUGCUUGCUCAUGGAUGCUCUUUGCAUGAAAAGAGUAGAGGGAAUUAUACUAUAAGGUGUAAGAGUCAUGCAGAUUAUCAUAGAGCUAGAGCUAUUGCUACACUUCAGUUUAAUUGCCAUCUUGCAUUGCUUGUGGCUUUGGUUGUGGGGUUUUAUUCAAUGAUGGCAAAAAGGAACGGAAUUCGUGGUGGUGGUGACUUUAUGAAGUAUAGGCCGCUUGGAGCUGAAAUGCAGCCUAUGGAGAUUGUGAGUAAUUUCACAUUGGAUUCUGAUGAGGACGAGAUUAUCGAAGAGGAGAACAUUGCAAAGCCAAAGGUCGAAGUAGGUGUCAAGGGUCUUGAGAAUGGUCAUGGUUCUCAUGAUUGAGGUAAAUGAUUAUAUCGAAUGCUGGUUUUGUCUGAUGAAUUAAUCAUUGUAAACUCUAUUCUUUUAUGAUAUUGUUAACUUUGUAUAAAAGAGAGGAGAAAUUGAUAUAAGGCGUUUGUUGUUAUGUAGAUUUGCUUCCAAUUUUACACUUUAAUACUGUGUUGUGAUGUUAAUUUUACUGAGACUGUGCUUGGUGGCUUAGUGCCUUAUUUAUGCUGUUAAUGUCUCAGUUUGAUGCUGAUAUUGAGCUGUUAAUUAUUGUUUAGUUA